AUGAGCUCAAACCCGAAGGAUGUGUUGAACACUAUCAACCUAGUUACACAAUGUCUUUGUAUUCCAAUUGUCACAUUCUUUAUCGGCAUACGUUUCUAUGUCCGAAUACGAUUCAAGCAGAUCAUAGGACUAGAUGAUUAUACUUGUACUGCAGCAUGGCUUCUAUUUAUGGGAUACUGUGGAAUCAGUAUAGUCAUUGGUGACUAUGGAGGAGGAUACAACAUCACCGACGUAUCAGAUCAAGACCAAAUAGAAUUCAAAAAAUUCUGCUAUAUAGCCACAAUUCUCUACUGCCCCAUGGCCCUUUUCUCAAAGAUUGCCCUCCUCUCGAUGCUCGCUCGCAUCUUCGCUCCAUACCGCCACAAAGUACUCUUCAUCCACAUCUUCCUCGGCUGUCUCUGCAUAUACUAUGUCAUCGCUCUGGUCAUCAAAAUACGCAUGUGUAGCCCAGUCCCCAUGUACUGGCGUGAUCCGAUACCCAGUGGUUCUUGUCUCGAUCAGACAGCUGCCUUGAUCGCUGAUUCGGUGAUCAGCGUCGUCAGCGAUGUGAUUAUUCUCCUUCUUCCACUGCCUCUGACUUGGUCGUUGCAAAUGCCUAAAAGUCGCAAGCUGCGCGUCAUGGCUCUGCUCGGUGCUGGCGGUCUUGCAACGGGAUUUUCUCUUUUCCGGCUGGUUCUUGUCUGUUAUAAGGGCCAUUCGGCCAACCAGACUAUUUUCUUCAUUCAAAUUAUUCUAUCUGGUAAUGCCGAGGGUGGCAUGGGCUUGAUCUGCGCUUGCUUACCACUUCUCAACGUCCUAAUCUCCUACGCCCGGAGAAACUACUCAUCACAAAAAUACUAUCACGAAGCCACCAACGUCCCGCUCGAUGGCCAAAAGUCAGUUCGUAAUUCAAAGAAUCCGGAUAUGUCAGCCAAUUUUGGUGAUCAGAGCCAUCUUAUUUCGUUCGUUGGUGUGCCUGGCGCCUCUGACGAGGUCGAUUUGACUUCUCCUGAUGAUGGAAUUGUCAAGACUGUGGCUGUCUCGCAAACAAUCGAGACACAUGCUGAUGGGAUUAUGCGUGCUAAUUCUAGUAGUACUAUCACAGGUAGUUUUGCGAGUCGGUAG